AUGUUUGCAACACGAAGUUUCACUCUUCUGUGCAGAAGAUCAGCUGCUUCAACAUGGAGAAAUAAAAGUCAAAGUGCUGGGAAGAGGCUGGAUAUAAGUGAGAUUUAUCCUCCCAUUGCCACUCCAUUCACUCAGAGUGAAGAUGUGGACUAUCAAAGACUUGAUGACAGUCUUAAAGGGUACUGCGACUUACCUUUCAGAGGUCUUGUAGUGCAGGGCUCUAAUGGGGAAUAUCCAUACCUGACACCGGAGGAGAGGGCUGAGGUGGUGAAGAGAGUGAAGCAGACCCUGCCAAAAGACAAAUUACUCCUGGCUGUGAAUGUAAGUCUCUCUUCCACCAGAGCCACGAUCCAAAUGAGCCAGCGAAUGGCAGACGCAGGUGCUGAUUGUUUGUUAGUGGUAACACCUUGUUUUUACCGCAGUCGAAUGGAUAGCCAAGCUCUUAUAAACCACUACACAAAGGUGGCAGAUUCCAGUUCAGUGCCAGUUGUGUUGUACAGUGUGCCAGCAAACACGGGUCUUGAACUGCCUGUGGAUGCAAUAAUCCAACUUUCCCAGCAUCCAAAUAUUGUUGGCCUCAAAGACAGUGGUGGAUAUAUCACCAGAAUAGCUCUGCUUGUGCAAAAAAACAGAUCGCAGGAUUUCCAGGUUCUUGCAGGAUCUGUUGGGUUCCUCGUGUCUGCAUAUGCUGUCGGGGCUGUGGGAGGUGUGUGUGCCCUCGCAAAUAUCCUGGGUCAGCAAGUGUGUGAUCUAGCACAGCUGUGUGUUUCAGGAUGCUGGGACGAGGCCAGAGAGCUCCAAUAUCGCCUCAUCGAACCCAACACAGCAGUAACUCGGCAGUAUGGCGUUCCCGCUUUGAAACAAGCAAUGGAGUGGUUUGGAUAUCAUGGUGGUGUGUGCCGGUCCCUGUUGCAGCCUUUAUCAAAGGCAGAUUUAGAGCAGCUUCAAGUCAAAUUCUCCUCCAAUGGCUGGCUCUAG